UCAAAAUGAAGAUUCACAUUUAUUGGAUUGUAGCACUUGUCGUUGCAGAUCGAAUUCGGGGUGAAAAUCCAAAUAAAAAAAUUGAGUUUCCCUCAAAAAUCAGUUCAGGGACUGGAGCAACUGAAUCCCUGAAUGAUGCGGCCGUACGGCGAGUGUUGUCCGCAAUAACGAAUAGAAAGUUUCCAGAUGAUGAUGGCAAUUUGUUGGAAUUAAUGAAGAACGGAGUCAUUGAUGCGGCAAGACUAAUUAAAGGAAACCCAAAAGCUUCAUUUCAAGCUGCCCAUAAAAAAGCUCAAGAUCUGGUAUCCAACAUAACUGCGUCCUACACUCAGGCUAUCUUCAAAUCCAAAUCUCCAGCAGAGGCCAAACAAACUCUCCAUCGGUUCCAAAAACUCAUUAAAAAAAUUGUUGACUUCACGAAAUCCGGAGUAUUUCUACCAUAACGAUAUCUCGACAUUUAAUUAUAUACGUCUCAUAUCUGAAAACGCGAAAGUCUCUCGGCAUUUAAUUUUCAAAAUAAUUUACACAUUGUAAACAAUUAAUUCUGUGUUUAAAAUAAAACUACAGACAAAUGCGUAAGAAAAAAAUGUCUAUACAU